UAACUAUCAGACUGAUAUAUUAACCCCUGAUAAAUGCUCGGUGGUAAACAUUGACCGAGUUAAAUCAGCGUUAUUCGGUAGUUCAGUCGGGCUGUUAGUACAUUGCAUGAAAAAGAUGUCAACGCGUGGAUUAGUUGAACGUUUGAAGAAUGGAGAGUGUAUCCUUAAUGCUGAGGGUUACAUGUGGGAAUUUGAAAGAAGAGGAUAUCUUAAGGCAGGGGCUUUUAUUCCAGAAGUUGUAUUAGAAAAACCCGAACUUAUACGGCAGAUGCAUUUAGAAUUUGUACAUGCAGGCACAGACGUUGUUGAGGCGUUUACUUAUUAUGGCCAUAGGGAAAAGUUACGCUUAAUUGGUCGUGAAGACGAUUUAGAGAAACUCAAUCGCAUUGCCUUAAAAAUAGCAAGAGAAGUUGCAGACGAAACUGGAACUCUGAUGGCGGGAGGAAUAUGCAACACAGGCAUAUAUGUAGCCGGGGAUGAAGAAGCUAGCGACAAAAUACGAGCAAUGUUCAAGGAACAAGUAGAAUGGGCAGUAGAAGAGAAAGCAGACUUCAUCAUCGGAGAGACUUUCAACGACCUAGGAGAGGGCCUGUUAGCAUUAGAAGCAAUAAAAAAAUACGGCAAUGGUGUACCCGCAGUAAUAACUCUUACACCAUAUAUUCCUGAUGAAACAACUGACGAUGUACCAUUGCCGGAAGCUUGUCGUCGUCUUGAAGAGGCUGGCGCAGAUGUCGUUGGGAUUAAUUGUGGCAGAGGUCCCAGAACUAUGCUUCCAUUGUUACGAGAAAUUAAAAAGGUUUGUCAGGGUCCAGUAGCUGCAAUGCCGGUACCUUUCCGCACAACAGAUGACCAUCGAACAUUUCAGUCCUUAUUGGACCCGGAAACAGGUAAAUCUUUGUAUCCACUAGAUUUAGCUUGUGCCAUGUGUAGCCGUUCAGACAUUCGACAGUUCGCAACUGAAGCAAAAGAAAUUGGAAUACAAUAUAUAGGAUUAUGUUGCGGAAAUGCACCAAAUUAUUUCCGAGAAUUAGCACAAGUUUAUGGAAGACAGCCAGAAGCAUCAAAGUAUUCACCCGACAUAUCUCAAAGCUUUAUUUUUGGGGAAAAAAUUAGUAAAAAAUAUUCAAGCUCUGACAAGCUAAGGCAGUACAUGGUUUCAGGAAAAAGCACCAAAUAAGCUAUGAUUUAAAUAUUAAUGAUUUUAGUUUGAUGAUUACUGCACCUGUUCACUGCAUUUUGGUUAGACGAGUUAUUGACUAUGCAUAUCAUUUGUAAUAUGUAUAACAGUCUAUAUAACCUGCACUACAUAUUUUGUUGAAUGUCAAAUAUAUACAAAUAGAAAUGAAUAAAAUUUAACGUUCAGAAUGC